AACUUACAAAAGCGAACUCGCAGACAGUGAGGUUCCAUCAACCUUCCUCACACGCAACCGGUAAAGAACGUUAAUUAUUUCAAAGGUGUCCAUUGUCAAGAUCCGACUGCCUCCUCGUUCCAAACUUUUGUCGUAUGAGGCAUAUCUUCAUUCCUGGCUGCCAUUCCAAUUCAGAUUUUGACAAGGCUGAGGAUUGAUGAAGAAAGAGUAAACUCUCAGAAUAUUUUUCCCUUGGUAUUGAUGAUAUAGAAGUAUGGAUCAAGAAAUCAGUUUAAGUGUGAUUCCAGCAGAUCAAAGGAUUACCUUGUCUUGGAGCAAUAUCAACGUGACCUUUACAUCAGGUAGAGGAUUGUUGGACAAGGUGAGAGGGCGCCCUCCGCCUCCAUCGACACGCAUUUUGAAAGAAGUAUCUGGUGUUGCCAAGCCAGGAAGGCUCAUGGCACUAAUGGGUGCUAGCGGCGCAGGAAAAACCACUUUGCUGAAUGUACUGACUAAUCGAGGUAUCUCUGACCUAGAGGUGACGGGGAAUGUACUGCUGAACGGGCAACGCAUGAGUGAGCUGGGCCCAGCAUUGAAUGAACUGAUCGGCUAUGUUCAGCAAAACGAUAUUCUCCCACCGACACUGACCGUGAGGGAAUACCUGAUAUUUACGGGUACGAUGACGAUGUACAAACGACUCACUUCGGAAGAGAUUUACAACAAAGUCGACGAAUUACUAACACAGUUUUCUAUGCUGGAUUGUGCUGACAGUUUGAUCGAUGUGGGAACAUUCUGCAUAUCUGGGAGUGAACGCAAACGGCUUUCUGUUGCCUGCAAGCUAUUUGGUGAGAGACGAUUGUUAUUUCUUGAUGAACCGACUACUGGUCUUGAUUCCUACGUGGCCCAACUUCUCAUUGGAAACCUACAUUCUCUGGCCGACCUCGGGUACAACAUUGUCUGCACUAUUCACCAGCCAUCAUCACAAGUCUUCAAUAUGUUUGAUCAACUAUUCCUUUUGGCAGACGGACGCUGUGUUUAUUUCGGUGAACGCGAAGAAGCUGUCCCCUAUUUCUCGGUGUUGGGAUAUACGUGCCCGGACACCUUUUCCCCGGCGGACUAUUUGAUAGACCUCUUGGCUAUCAAACCAGGGAAGGAAUGUACUUGCCUCGAUAGGGUGGAGAGCAUAGCUAAUGCCUUCUCGAAGAGUAAAAUGGCUACGACUAUACACGACUUGCUGUGUGAGGAGUAUGAACGCGUUGGCGAUGAUGAGGGCAUUCAUCUUGAUAGCAGUGUUUCAAAAAGCAAACAGGCACCAAGGAUAACUCAGUUUAUCUAUCUCUUUUGGAGGUGUUCGAUUGGUCUGUGGCGGUAUCCACUCCUCAUUCUCCUUCGUUUCUUGCUAAUUACAUGCGCAUGCGUGCUACUGAUGGUGAUAUACGUGCAUCCCGAUGACACCUACACAGAGUCACGUGCUAAUGGCAUCCAGGGAUUGCUAUUCUUCAUGUCAUCAUUUUUCAUCAUAUUCAACUCUCUUCUCAUACUUUCCGUGCUACCCAGCGAUCUGCCAUUGAUUGUACGAGAGCACAGGGACGGACUAUACCAUCUCAGUUCAUAUUAUAUUACCACUUUCCUCGUACAGAGUAUUAUAGGAUCGUGCUUCAUGAUUGCGUCGACGUGCGCAGUCUACUUCGUCGUCGGUCUCAAAAAAGAUCCUCAAACUUUUUUCAGCGCCAUGGGUAUCCUCAUCAUCGUCUUCCUCAUCAACGUCGGUUUCGCCGCCUUGGUGUCAGCUAUCUAUGAAACGGCUGGGAAUACAGUCUCGCAGUCGAUACCCCUCGUCUUCCUCUCGAACGUUCUCGGGGGUUACUUUUGUCUCCUCGGGUCUAUUCCACAUUUUCUGAACCCACUAUUGUACAUCAACUGGUUGCCAUGGGGAUAUGAGAUGUUAUCAAUCAACCAAUGGCGAGGGGUUGAACUUGAAUGUACUAACACUUCAUGUUUGACGGGUGAUGAUGUGCUAUACAGAUGGGGACUUGACAAGAAUGCCUUCGAAAAGGACUUCAUUCUCAUCAUGUUUCAACUCGCUGGAUAUCACGUUGUUGCCUUUAUCAUUCUUUCCCUAAAGAUGAGAUUCAAGUGGUCUGGUUGAAAUGAUUAAAGAUACUUAAAUUAGUGCAAUAAAAUCAUCUGGUAAUAUAUCAAAUUGGACAGGGGUAAAACUUGCUUAAUCAACUCGUCACUGUGCUUCUAGGGUCUUAUUCUUAUAUUAUAAACAUAACUUUUAUUAUAUUUAUAUUCUUAAUGACAAACUGAUUUUGUAUGAUUUUUUUUAAUAUGAAAUGGAAGAGGAUAAAUGUUCAUAACAUUUACGACUCAGCUCUUUUUUACGUCGAAAUCUUUCCGAGUGAUGCUAUGCUAUUGGCAGUAUUACCAUCUUGAUAUUUACUUUAAAUCCAACUUUAAGUUAGCUUAUUUGUUAUUGGAAUACCUGUGAUUAUUUAAGUAUAUCAUUACUUAAAGACGGAAUAUAUUUGUUAUUGUUAAUUAUUUCCUACAAUGUGUAUUAGGAGAAACUAAUGUUAUUAUAAAUGCACCUUUUUUACUUGUUUGCAUUUAAAAAGCGCCACCUUCCCCAUAAAAUGCGAGGUGAAUUGUAUAAAUAGUUAUUAAAGGGGUACUCCGGGCUGAGAACAAUGUGCUUUUUUAACAGAAUUGUUGAUAAACUAAACUCAGAUAAACAAUACAUUGAAAAUUCUAUAAAUAUUGGACAAGGGAUAAGAAAAUUCUGAAAUUUUCAAGUUUUACAUUAUUAAUAUUCUUUCGAAAUGCCAUAAUUAUGUGAAUAUUGUAUAUGAUUAUUUCGAUCUGUCUAAUAAAACAUACAACGUUUUGCAUUAUUUCGGAAAACAUUUAUAUGCAUGUCUUCAUGAAUAUGCAAUGAGCAAGCUGAUGAUGUAUUUAUUCUUUUUUUAUUAUAUUUACUAAAUUUUUGUCCGUCAAGAUUGAAAAAAAGGGGUUAAGGACGUUCCACAGUUAUAUUUGUGCGCAUUAUGAUCUGCGCAUAGUUUACACUCUGCGCGCUGACGUCACAAUGGAUGAACAGGUAUUAAUUAGCUGCGGGUAUGAGCUGAUUUUUCUCGUCUUCUGCACUUUAACUGCAGAUCCGAUGCGUUAUUUCAUGAAGCUAAAAAAUUGAAUUAUUCCAUGGACCAUUCAAAAAAAUAUUCUCUACAAUUUCAAAAUACUUUACUCUGCAGUGCUGCCAAGAAUCACGAAUAUUAGCCCGAGUUUGAAUAAAUGGUAGAGUGGUUUUGAUUUUUUCUUCACAUAGAUACUAAGCAUUCGGCCCAUUUUUGGUGUUUUAAAAAGCACAUUUGCUAUAAUAAAAAUGCUGAUAGUUUAAAAACAAGCACAUGAACCCCUAUUUUUUAAUGUUUCUACCUCUUAGGUAUACGUUCCUCUACAACUCUGCAAAUUUUGGUGAAAAUGACAUGGAUUUUGAAUAAAGUGCAGCAUUUAUUGUACGUUUGAAUUUUGUUACUGAAAUUUUACAUUUUUCAGAUUGGGAUUUUGUUAUCUUUUACGCCAUUUUUAAGAACUGACAGUGCUGUUAAACUUAAAAUUGCAAACAAAUAGCACUAUUAAUAGAUUCUCUAUUCUAACGAUACAAUUAUUAACUCUCUUGCGAAAUUUGAUGACUUUUUCAUGUAUUUUGAAUGAGUAAUGGAGGUUUAAACUCAUUGUAGUAAUCUUGGGCGGUCUAAAAAUGCCAAAUUCUUUUGAAUGCGCAAUUCUUAAGAACAUCAAUUUGGGUGAACUUUGAAGCUCUAUAGCAAAAAAUCAAGCACAUGGACCUAUGUUAAUUUUUGCAUAUUUCGAAUAUUAAGGUUCUAAAGUAUCUAUGUGCAAAGUUUGGUGAAAAUGACAUGGAUUUCACUUUAACUGUGGAACGUCCUUAACCAAUUUUAACGUUAACCAAUUUUAUCCACUUCAAUUACCCAAGGUUCUAAUUCUUACAUAUAUGUUAUCCAGGAUCACAUUCUUGCUUUCUUCAUGUUCUUGGCUAUUUCGAAUGGAAUCAUAGGUCUAUACACUGUGCAAUGUAAAACUCUUUCAGUCUCUUUACCACAGAAAAAAAAUUAUUCUUAUUACUUGUCAAAUCAUUCGAAAUGCUUUUAUAAUGUAAACUCGAAAAAAAUAAACACCAUAAUGAAAUUUACACCGCAUAAGCUAUUUGAAUAUCAAGUACCCACUCACUUAUGAUUUGUGUACGAAUGCAACGGAUGUGGCGUCGCCGGCGAUUUAGAUCAUGCACUAUUCGGAUACGCGUAUCGAUCCAACUUGAAAACGCCUUAUUCGCUCGUGUGCAAUUCACACGUGAUGGUCAUGCCCUGGCCAGAACGGGGAGAAGACCCGGUAAUAUGCAAAUCAAACGAUUUUGAAAAAUAGCCAAAAUAGGCCUAAAUGUAUUUAUGCAUAAUCUAGAUGAUCAAGAAAACUUACUCUUUCUGCCAGGAAAUAAUGACGUCACAAAUACAAUAUGUUUGAUUUGGGGACUCCACACUUCAAGAAAACAGCACAAACUGACAAGGCGCAUGAAUCCAUAACCUUCAACAAUGGUAUGUGAUACGUCACCGGUCACCGCUAUACCAAGGGAAUUCAUUUGAAUAACAAAAGUGUGACAGUGCGACCAAUGACACGCAUGUGUAAACAAAAUUCUGAGAGACUAAAUUAUAAAUUUUGCAAAAAAUGUUCAUUAUUUCUAUCUCUAUUGUUAUUUUAAUCGCUUAGCAAACAAUUUUUCAUAAAUUUUCAUUAAAUGUUUAGUUUUCGACUUUUCUUUUUACCAUAUCUAGGAUACAAUAAAUGAACUAUUUAAGACAAUUGACUUUUAUUUCGCUCAGUAAUAGUUUUCAGAAAAAAAGUGCAUGGUAUCCAAAACUCAGCUACCCCACACACAAAAUUUGAUUGGGUGAAUGAGCUUAACUCACUCAAUAGGCUUAUCGGCAUAGGUAUGGCUAAUUUAUUAUUGGAACUGUGCUGCAAUUAUAAGAAUUUUCUUUAUGAUAUUGUUUAUCAAAAUUUUAUCACGGUUCAAGAAAUAAAGAUGAAAUGAUUUAUGAUGAAAGCACG